AUGGACCCGACCACGCCACUGGCCCAACCGAAGCGCAAGAAGCAAAACAGACCCGUGCGCUUGGAAGACAUCCAGCUGGAGAGGAAUGAGACGAUUCGCAGUUUGUGGACGCAGGGCCUGGUGGGGCAAAGCUUGAACCUGGACGCAGAAAGCGCGCAGAAGGAGUUCAACGAGGACGAAGAGCCUCCAAAGCUCGUCGACUAUUACGACGUGACGGAGGAGCUGGGUCAAGGCUCCUUUGGCACAGCCUACGUCGGCCACUAUCGUGCGACGGGCCUCCUUUGCGCCGUCAAGUUGUUGAACCGAGAGCACGUUGGACAGCACUACCACAAGAAUUUUGUGGAGCGAGACACCGUUUCAUUGCUGCUGCGUAUGUCCAGAGAGUCGUCGCACCCCAACGUUGUGCGGCUGCUCGACACGAUCAUGAGCGAUGCGAAUUUCUUCGUGGUGAUGGAGCUCCUAGAAGGACCGGACUUGUUCGAGCACCUCAGUGUGAAGGGAACGGCCUUGACAGAGGAGCAUGCGAAGUUCAUCAUGCAGAAUUUGCUUUCCGCACUGGCACACAUACACGCGGUGUGCGACGUGGGCUUGAUCCACCGAGAUGUGAAGCCAGAGAACCUGCGCUUCCGCUCCAAGCAUCCGGACUCGGAGCUAGUGCUUGUGGAUUUCGGGCUCUGCUGCCCCGCGACUUCUGCGGAGAAGCGAACCAUCGUCGGCACUUUGCUGUACGUCGCCCCGGAGGUGUUCUCUCGGAAGUACAGCACACAGGCCGAUCUUUGGUCGAUUGGAGUGGUACUUUUCAUCCUGCUCACGGGGCAGCCGCCUUGGAAGCAGAACGUCAACGUCGGCUUCGUGCCGAGCAAAAAGGUCCUCAAUGGCGAGGCGGCGCAAACCGCGCUGACUGCGAAGGAGCUGAACGAUGCGCCCGAGGAUGCCAUCGCGCUCCUCCGAGGACUUUUGGUGAACGACCCAGAUGACCGGCUCAGCGCGAGACAGGCACUGAACUGUCCCUGA